AUGCUUACAACAUGGAACGUAUCAUAUUGGCCUAAACUGUACUUCAAUAAGCGAGAUCGCUGGUCGCCUUUUACAACAUCUUUUGAGCAAAAGAAAUUGUGUCAAAACUUUGUAAUAGUGGGUUAUUCUAUGGGUUCAGUGAUUGCAAUUGAAUUAGUACGUAAGAUAGAAGAAAUGAAUCUCCAAGGCCGUGUAGUGCUUAUUGAUGGCGCACCUGAGCAUAUGAAAGCAAUGGCAAAUCAACAUUUACCUUUUAACACGGUCGGCGAACUUGAAAAUAAUAUUCUUUUGGGAAUAAUGGAUACUAUACAACCAGUACUUAGUGGAAAGUUGGAGUUAAACAAAUGUUCCAAUUGGGAUAAAAAAUUAGAUAUUUUCAUAUCUCAUGUUCCUCCAACUUACACAAAAUUAUCAACGAAAUAUAAUAAAUCUGUAUGUACAACAAUUUACGAGCGAAUAAUUGCUCUUCAUAAAUAUGAUAUUACACAAUUACCGAAAAUUGAAUCACCGAUAACACUUCUGAAACCUACUAUACAAUCGCUGCACUUUGCUCAAGAAGAUUAUGGCUUACAUAAAGUAACUAAAGGAAAUGUAGAAGUACAUUAUGUCGAAGGUAAUCAUAUUACCAUGCUGGACAAUGAUAAAGUCUUAGCUGCGAUCAAUGAAGAUCAUAUCAAAUUUCCAAAAUUAAAGUUAAAUGUGACAGAUGAUGACGAUAAAAAUACAUUUGUUAAAUAUAUUUAUUCGAGAUCGUAGAAG